AUGUCACGACCUUCGCCAUCGUCCUUUCCUCCCGCCGUGGAAGUAGAAGCCUUUCCUUUCGAGCAUUCUUCUCCGCUUUCCCUACGGCAGCAGCCAUGUUCUUCUCCACCCGCUCCACCUGCGGCCAACCUUGCGCAAACUCACGACUACAACUGCUCUGGUUCAGUCUACGACGGGAGUGGCUCGGGAGCAGAAUCUGAAGAUCAGUUGCCGGAGGAGGACGAGGAAGAGGAGCAGGAACAAGAGGAGGAUCUACUGGAUACCGAGCGCCGCAUCUCGGGUUGUUCAUCAAUCUCGUCAUUUCCUGCCUCAGUGUCCCAGCCCCUUCCUCCAAGACAAGGGCAGUAUGGAAGCCCAAGAACACCGACCAAGCAUGCCUUGGGUGGGACACCCUUGUUUGAGAAACCCGCUCCCAGCAGGGGAGUGCCUUAUCCCAGUGUUUCGCCGACGAGUUCGAGAAAGUACAAUUCACCGUUUCGCCACCCCAGCAGUGUCAAGGCAUUGCAGAUGAGGGACGAAGUAAUAAGCGACACCCAGAGUGUUUUGAGGCACCGCACGAACAGCGGCUCACAAAGAUCAUCGUACAGCCACAGGACUUCUUACUCUCCUCAUGCGUCCUCCAACAAACGAUUCACCAAGUCGAGUCAAGGGUCGCCGAAACCCAACAGCAAUCUGAGAACUGAGUUCCCACUAGUGCUCCUUCAUUGCACACUCUUACCACCCUCCCUCCUCCUGCGGUCAACGGCUCAGGAUGACGCCUUGAUAGCCGAAUUACUGCCUGAGGAGUUCAGGGAGCGAUGGGUUGCUCUACAAGAUAAACUGGUGGGAGAUGUUGAGAUUCAAACAAGAGGGAUCCUGAUAGCUCACCCAAAAGAGGACUAUGAGCUUCUCGAAGAACGACUGCUGGAAAGCCUCGAUCUCGAAACCCCACGAAUUCGGCACAACCACUACUUCCAAGCAGACGCCACUGGCAAUGACAGCGGCUUCGAGAGCGGCAGCCUCACCGGAGACGAAACCGAUCAGGAGUGUCCACAUAACGUCAAGUGUCCCGACUGUGGGCGGCGCGUAGCCACUGGUGAGAUCAGUCGCAAAUGGGAAAUCAAGGUCUUUGCAGCAAACGGCCUCAUGCGAGCAGGCGCAUGGGCCGCAGCAUGGCACGAAAUGGAAAAGGUCGACGUGGAAGUCAAGGUUUGGCUACCGGAGAAGUUGCAACGAGAACUUGAGGCCAAGCUCGCGCUCAUCGAGACCUCGUCACCCGAAGUCGCCCCCGCGGGCGCUUCACCGCUGCUUCAGAGCCAGAACACCCAGAUAUCUCGUGAGCGUGAGAUCUACGGGAAGUCCGGCAGGCAAGAUAGUCCGUCUGAGCCGGAUGAGUUUUACGACUUGAGGAGACCCGACAUACUGGCCGGUACAGCCCCAAGCUUUGCACCCACCGAACCUGACUUGAACAUGCCAUACUUGGGGCUUGCCAGAGACUUUGCGCACGAGCGCAAGGGCCUGUUUGUUGCCGUGCUGAGUCUGAUGGUCUUAUUAUUCGCCUGGGCCGGUCGACAGUCUGCUGAAAAUCAAACUCACUCCCCGCCCGCCUUUCCUUCAGCUCCAUUUACAGAAGUGUCCACCACCACAGUGACUACAACAAGCAUUGCAAUCUCAACAGCCACAGUCACUGCAACACUCAACAUGGAGACACCAUGUUCAUCUCUUUCAGAAGCUGCAAUCAUGUCGACAAGUGUUCCCAGUACAAGCAACAGCCAGACACCCAUGCAAAUGGUUUCCCAAGGCUCAGUAGAAGCCUCGGUCCAAAAUAGGAUGGCCCCAGGGAUACGAUCGACACCACUUUUACUUCUGGACCCUGGUUCGAGCUGA